GUCGAGAUAUGCGUGUACUAACAUAACAUAUAGUAGUAUUUAAUUAGUUUCGGGGUGAAUUUUAAAGCCAUAAUAAUUGAAAUAGAUGAAAAUGGGUAUCAAGGAACUCUGUAUCAGGAUUCUAUUAAACUCCAUUAACACAAUAGAUUAUUACGUCCGUAAAUACAUAGGUGCUACUGCUCUCCGAGUCGAUAGUGACAAAGCACGUCUCGAUCUUGAAACACUUGUAGAACAUAGAGGACGGGAUUAUGACUUUAUUGAACCAUGUUGUAUUCUGAUGGAGGGUUUAUCAAAGGAUCGACAGUUGACUCUGUUCGGGAGAUACGUUGCGAAUGAGCUGCUUGGAGGUGCAAAAACGAUUGAAACGUUUCUAGCUUAUGUGGACAACAACCCGGAAAUCAAUGAGGUUGAGAUUAAAAAUCCUAUAUUCAUCGUUGGGCAAAUGAGGACAGGGACUACUUUUUUGUUUAAUUUACUUGCGCAAGACGAUAGCCUGUUUGCACCUCCUGUAUGGCAAAUGCUGAACCCUACGCCAUUGAAUAACAACGCAUGCGAAAAGGAGGCGAGGGUAGGACAUGCACUUCAAAACAUAGAUCUUUUGAACACGUGCUUUCCUGAUAUCAAGAAAACACAUCCCUUGGACGCUUUAGGUCCCGAAGAGUGCGAAGUUCAAUUCUUGCGAUGUUUUGUGUCACGUGACCUUCCUUUAAUGGCCCACAAGAAACUUCUAUCUUACAUGACGUGGUACCAAACAAUUGAUGAUGAAACUCUAGCAAGGCUUUACCGUCAUUACGACUUGGAAAUCAAGGCCUUCGUUUACCAAAUGGGAAAAGUGCAAAAGCGUGUACUUCGAAAGGAUUCAAACCACAUGAGCUUCAUACGACAAUUGAUGGCAACAUAUCCAGAUGCAAAAAUUGUUCAUACAGUGCGCGAUCCUGCCAGUUUCGUCCCUUCGUCUUGUAGUGUAAACGAGACAUACGCUGAACAGUAUUAUUUCAAGAGCGACAUAGAACCACUGGUAAUCAGUCACAGAGUGUUAAAGCACAUGAAGCACGAGGCAGAAUGUUUCACGUCAUUCAGGAAGUCAUAUGACGUCACCAACCAAGGAAAGGGCGCAUGCGCAUUCCUGGAUAUCAAUUUUAGAGAUUUGGUGAAAUCACCAAUGGCAACUGUAAGGUCUAUCUAUGCACAUAUUGGGAAAGAGUUAUCACCAAAGGCGGAAUUUGCUAUGAGACAAUAUAUCAAAGAUAACCCUCAACACAAACAUGGGGUCCAUUCGUAUUCUUUAGAAAAGUAUGGACUUGAGGCUGAUUUGCUGAGAAACGAAUUCAAAGAAUACAUACAAUAUUUUAACGUGAAAUACGACAAAUAGAGUUAUUAGUAUAUAAACGUAACGAUACUACAAGGUAUUGAAGACAUUUUCAGGAUUCGAUCAUUUAAUGAUAUAAAACAAGCUGACAAACUUUCUGUUUGGGAUACCCCAACUGGUUAUCGUUUGCGUUAAACUUAAUUUAGCACACUUUUGAAAUUGUUCAACGAGGAAGUAAAUGUUUUCUCACACAGCUCAUCGUAUGAAAUGUGAGAUAUUCUAUCUUAAAUUUAAACAACAUGAAUUAUGUCAUACCAGUAUGCCUAUGACGUCUCAAUAUAUUACUCUGCCAAUUUAACAUGUUAUUAUAGAAAAUACAGAAUGCGGGAUAAGUGAUGCCACAUAUCACAUGUUUACAUGUAGG